CUUGCCACCAGCCUGCCACACGCUCCGUGCUCUCCAUCGCUCUCCUCAACAUCGGGCCACUCGCCAUGUCGUCGAGCAAGGUUUCCUUCACUAUCCACCGACCCACAGCCUCUCGCGGGGACUCCGGCAGCACAGACUCUGCCCCCGAGGCCAACUUCAAAGUCCCGCCGCUCCCAAAGCGCCUCGUCGCGCCCAGCAACGGCGGCAGCCCGCUCAGGUCCUCCGCGCCCGCGCCACGGGCGCGUAGACACGAUUACCAUGCUCAUGAGAAGGACAGCUCUGACGAGGAAGACGGGGAGACAGACGAGCUCGUAACAGGGUUUGACCAAUCCGGUGUGCAGCGGUUACAUGACAAGCGCAAGGCACCCGAGGGCCCACUCGUCAUCCCCGCGCUUAGGAACAAAGACUGGCGCGAACUCGCGAGGAAGCGCAAGUCGCUGUAUGUCCCGCCGCAGUCCGCCGCGACGGGCGCAGACGGGAGCGUCGGCGGCCUCGGCACGCGCGACGCGAUCAACUCGGGCCCGCAGCUGUCCGGUCUGCAGGUGAACAAACGGGUGAAGCUCGACGAGGACGAGGGGUCCGUCCGAUCUACCCCGCCCGCGGACGAAGGCGCGCAGACUGCAACGGAGAGCGUGAAGAAGGAAGAAGAGACGGAGGACGCGCGCGCCCUCCGUGCCAUCCUCGCAUCCACCGCGAACGGUGACGACCCAGACGCACCCCACAUCGACGCCAUCCCGCUCGCCACGCCCGCGCCGAGCGAAGACGACGUGUACAAGCAGGACGUCGAGGAGCUCCCCGAGUCCGCAUCGCUCGAGGACUACGACCGCGUGCCGGUCUCGCAGUUCGGCGCUGCGCUGCUGCGCGGGAUGGGCUGGAAGGAGGGCAUGGCCGCGAGCAAGAAGAACCGCGGCCCCGUCGAACCGUACCUCCCUCAGGCCCGUCCGGCGCUCCUGGGAAUUGGCGCGAAGGAGAAGGAGGUGUUAGAUGAUGGGAGUAAGGGGAAGAAGGGUAAGGGCAGGCCGGAGAGGCGGUAUGUGCCCGUCAUCAAGAAGGAACGCGCCCGGGAUGGUAGUGAGGAUAGAGAGAGGUCAUCAACGAGGUCAUCCUCGCUUGAACGCCGGAAGGACCGGGACCGGGACGGCGAUCGGAGAGACAGAGACCAUGGCAAGGACCGGGAGCGCUACCGGGAUAGGGACAGGGAUCACGGGAGGGACAAGGAGCGGGACCGGGACCGAGACCAGCGAAGGGACGACAGGGACUACGGCUAUGACAAGGACCGGCGGAGAGAUCGUCGAGAUGGCGAUCAUGACUCGUCGCGGAAAGAACGCGAUAGUCGUAGGGAUCGUUCACCAGACCGAUCCGACUCGGACAGGCGGAGGGACAGGGAUCGCGACCGUAGAUAUUGAACGGUCCGUGGUGGUUGGAUGUGUGCGUGUUAAUAUGUCUCUAGACUGAUCGGUGUACUCUGUUGUCCGUCUACCAAAGACUCAGAGUCCUCGCGGAAUUGUGCGCAAGGCAUGAACGUUGAACUGUGUACACAGUCAAGAUUGUAUGAAACGCUAGAUGACAAUCCGACCAGCGCAGGGCUGCAUUUGCCAGUAAACGUUGGUAUCGACCUCGUCGCGCCUUCGAACCUACAAGUUUACUACAACCUUGGUCCGUGCGUUCGCCCCUGCGGUUGGGCCCCACCCACCGUCCCCC